AUGGCUAGAACUAAACAAUCUGCUAGGAAAACAACAGGAGGAAAAGCACCACGCAAGCAAUUGUCUGCAAAGUCUGCACGCAAGGCAACACCAACCAAUCCGAGUGGAAAUGCCAAGAAGACCAGGUAUAGACCAGGAUCUGUUGCAUUGAAGGAGAUCAGAAGGUACCAGAAGAGCACUGAGUUUCUUAUACGAAGACUUCCUUUCCAGAGAGCUUGCAGGUCUGUGGUUAGGGAGAAUAGUAAUGCAGCUGAUGUAAGAUUCCAGGGCCCAGCCCUUGCCUCUAUUCAGGAGGCGCUUGAACUCUAUCUUGUAGGAUUGUUUGAGGAUGCGCAGAGUUGUGCACAGCAUGCAAAGCGGGUUACUGUAUUCCCGAAGGAUAUUAACCUUGUUCUGAAGCUAAGAAGCAGGCACAUAAGAUCUAUCUGUGAUUAA